UGCUUUUUCUAUCCCUCAACCGUCCCGGCACUAGAAAAAAAGUUGAAGAAAUAACCCAAAAAAAAAACAGCAAAACCAAAAUUGCUUUCACUUCCCCAGUAAUUAAAGAAAUAUUAACUGAAACUUAUGGAUUUAUUAUCUUUGAGGAACAAAUAAGUCAGAUAUUUGCUUUUGUUUAUGAUUGUUCGUUUGCCGAAGCCGAAGUAAAAAGGCGGGAAUUGACUAAAAAAGGGCUGGAAAAAGAUUUCCUCACCCCAGCCCAAAAG